AUGGCAAAGGUGGUAAAAUGGCGACUCUUGAAUUCAUCGCCAUCACCCAGUCGUAGAGUCAACAGCGGCGGAACGCCCGUUACCACUCCCCAAGCCAUGUCCCGACAAGCUUACAUGUCCCGCCGCGAAGACGGCGUCUCAGCACCGUGCGCACCGUCCCCAUCACCAGGCUACGUGCUCGAGUGGUCCGCGAAAGACUCCCGCGCCCAACGGCACCGCCGUAUCCUCCCGAGCGUCGAAGAGCUCCGCGCCGAACUGCUAGCGGGCGAAGGCGGCCGGUCCCAGGGCCGCAUCCUCGUCCUCCGGGCAGGCCGCGUCGACGGCGCCGUGCGCGAAGCCCUCGUCAGCGUGGCCCGCGUCGACGGCGGGUUCAUAGACGCCCACGCCGCGGGGACGCCGUACCGGCCGCGGGGAGGGAGACGCACGCCGCGACGGUGGUGGACCUGCGCGUAUCCCGAGGUGGCCGCCGGCAAGGGCCAGGUGCCGCUGUACAGGCCCGGCGACGGGCAGGCCCUGACGAUUUCGAGAAUGAGCGUCUGGCUAGGCGGCGGCGGGGUGCCGGUCGUCAUUGUCGGCGACGGCGCUGGCCCGGAGCGGCGCGACCACAAGCUCCGGCGCGAGCAGGGCGCCGCCGGCUACGGAGCUAUUGGGAGCGCGCGCCCCGGCUCGACUGGGCGCGUGGAGAUGUCGUCCUUUGAGCAGGACCUCUGGGAGGCGUUGGCGCCCCCGGACGAGGUGGCUGUCGAGGAAGUGCUGGGUGAGGUGGUGCUCGACCGCUGGACGGGCUGCCUGGCGGCGAUGCGUCCGGGGACUAUCGGCGGCGGCGCGGGCCACAUGCAGGAGCGGGAGUCGCUCUGGGCGGCCAUGGCCGCGCUCGAGUCCAACCUCGACGAGGCGAGGCGCUUCUCCGGACGGGGGAGGCAGCUCGGCGCCGCGGGCGCGUCGGCGUGGGCGGAUCUGCUGCGGCGCUUGGAGAUGAGGGUGCGCCUCGGGCAGCAGGGGAUCGGUGCCGAGGCGUCUCCGGCUCGCGGCGGCAAGACAGACAACGACCGGAGCUUGGAUAGGAUCGCGUACCUGGGCGGGCUGAUGCUGCCCGUGUCGGCGGUGGCGAGCAUCCUCGCCAUCGGGGGCGACUACGGGCCCGGGGGCGAGAGCUUCUGGGUGUUUUGGCUGUCAAGCUUUCUGGCGAGCGUGCUCGCGGUGCUGGUCAUAUAUGCCGACCAGCUGCGGACGGUCGAGGUGUGGCUGGAGACGGGGGAGCUCGACGGCGAGCUUCUGCCGUGGGAGGGAGAGGGCUCGGAGGAGCAUCUUGUGCAGAGGUGGGCGGACGGCUCGAGGCGCGCGGCGUGGGAGAGGAGGGAGCUGGGCUGGGGCGGUGCCGUGAAGAAGAUGAGCGGGUAUUACUGGUGGCGGAGGGAUCCGGGGUUGGCGUUUAGGAGGCCGCGCGGUGUGAAGCUGGGAGGGUUGUAG